AUGAGUUCCAAACAGGAGGGGAAAAAGAAGAAAGAAGAAGAAAAUGUUAAAGUUAUUUUUCUUAUAAAUAUGAAUUGUGUCUGCAAGAAUUGUUUCAAAAAAAUUGCUAAAUGCACUCAAAAAUUGGAAGGUAUAAAGUCUAUGGAAAUAGAAAAUACUGGAGUGAAAUAUAAAGUAACAGUGAUUAGCAAAGUGGAAUCAUUGAAACUUCAACAGAAAAUUGAGAAGAAAUUGAAGAAGAAAGUGGAAAUAAUUUCUCCAAAAUCAAAAGAAAAUAAAGAAAAAGAGAUUCCCAAAAAAACAACACUGGAAAUUAAUUUGGGAUGUGAUAAAUGUGUGGAAAAAAUGCAAAACAUAGUGACCAAAAUAAAAGGGUUUCAAGGAAUAUUCAUUGAUAGGCCAAAGAACUUGGUAAUAGUGAGUGGAUCAAUUAAUACUGAAUAUUUGGUGAAAUUUUUGAAAAAGAAGCUGAAAAAAUCAGUCAAAAUUGUGAAGCAAGAGAAAUAUGAAGAUGAUUUUAAGCCAAUUUGGUUUCCAAAUUAUUAUAAUUAUUGGCCAGAAAGUGAUCAAUAUAUUCAUGAUGAAGCUAAGUACUGCAGAAUAAUGUGA